UCCAAGGACACGAAGGUCUAUAUUUAAAUAAGCUGAAAUUAUCUUGUUUUGAUUUAAAAAAAAUAACUCACUACAGCUGGCUAGGUCGAAACAAAUUUUUGCGCUCAUCAUAUUUUAUGUCAUUUGAUAGAGCUUGAAGUAAUCGGUCAAUAAAAAGUUUUAAUAUUAUAAGGCCACCUAAAGUUUGUAUACACACACAUUAACGUUUUUGUUAGAUCUAUAUCGAUUGACUAUAGCAUCUCAAACAACAUGCUCCUCAAUAUAAAUGCCAAUAUUCACUGAACAACUGAAAAUGGAUGGUCGGAUUACGGUUGCAGCGAAUAUAAUUAAUAUGGUUUUGCAUCAUAACAUGUUAAUAACUUUUGCGGGGGAGGUUUAUGUGUGGUUCCGAUAUUGAUUGUGAAGCACGAUCGAUUACAAACAGACUCAGUAUCGCGGCAUUAAUGAAUUAUUUGCACGUACAAAUAAGAUGGAUUAUAUUUACCUAUAUAAUGAUCUGAAUGCAGUCGGAAUUAACGGAAGUAUAAUUAAAUAUAGAGAUGAAUAGAACAGUGAGACAUGUUUCGCUGACCGCGGAAAAAGUGAUAAGAUAACAAUGAAUGUUUCAAUGGACGGCCCGAAGUUAAGAUUUUUGUCUUGCUAUUGUACUUUGGAAAGACAUACAAGACAAAAACAAGUUUGCCCAGACCCGGAAUACCAAUUCUCUUCGACAAGGAUAUUGAUACGUGUCACUGUAUUCAGGAAUAAUUCGACAAACAAAACGACAAGAUCACCUCAAAAAUGUAUUUUUAUACGUAAAUUACUGGUUUAUGCUAUAGGUGUUUCAAACCGUAAUUCAUGAAUGUUUCGUCAUAGUAGUAGUAUACAGAAUGUUAUUAGUUCCUGUUUUUGGGUCAGGAGGAAAUCCAUCUCCAACAUAAAUGCGCCACCCCCCUUGAGAUAUAACCCACCCAUUUUAAGACCACCCAUUUUAAGACAUGAGUUCUAAGGUCUCAAUGUAGUUAUAACGGCUGCCCCACUCUUCAAGCCGAAAUGCAUUACUGCUUUACGACAGAAAUAGGUAUAGCGGUGGUACCUACCCAUGCGGACUCACAAGAGGUCCCACCACCAGUAAAUGAAAAUAAAAAAACAUAAUUCAAAAGAAGAGUAAGAUUUGCCUAGCUUUUUGGUAAGAGUAGCUACUAAGAUUCGGAUAAUGAAAAUAGGCCUCCCCACUGCUCUACGCCCAGUCUAACCAGAGCCAACGUGGAUCAGGGAUCUCAUCCUUCUAUUAUCCGGAUGUUAAUACUCCUGUCGGUUCAAAAUAUGUUAUACAAACCUGUAAAAGCAGACGUACAACAAUAAAGACGUACAUGUAAAAAUUCAAGUAUACCAAACCAGAAUCCAAACCAGCCUUUAGGUUAAGGUAGUUUUGAUGUUAAUUUUGAAUUUUUGUUUUAUUAUUAUUAUUAUUAUUUGAUUUUUUGUUUUUAUUAUUAUUAUUAUUGAUUUUGUUUUAGUCCGAGAUUGUAGUUAUUAUUUUUAUUUAAUUCUAGUAAAAAUGAAAUGUUAAUGAGUGUAAUAUGGAUGCAAAAUCUGAAGUAAAUGAAAAAAAUAAAAUAAAAAUAUAAGUUGAAUAAAUAAAAAAAAGUAACAUAUUUUUUGUGAACAUGGAUGAAGUGAAGCAAUAUACAUUCUAAUGACACGAAAAUUUGCAUUUUAAAAAAAAAGUGUUAACUUUAAUUUUUUUAUUUAAAAAUAAAAUUUCCUCAACAAUUAGCGAAACGAUGUUAACUUAAUGUAAUCAUUUUCAAAGAAGGCAGUUUGCAUUUUUAUUGGCACAGGCAGCCGAGAAAUUAAUCAGUCUACGUGAUUGGUAGCACAUCGUCUUAUAAAAAUAACUAAACGUAAUUCUUAGAAAUAAUUGGAAAGAAGGAAACGAUGCCAUUUUAAUGACAGUGAAACAUAAAUUUACAGAUAUUGUUUGGCACAGCAGUAAAUAGUUUAGUUGCAAAGCAACAGAGCUGUCAUUUAUAUUUCUAUAAUUUUUAAAUUUUGUUUCUAAUGUCAGUAGGAAUAAACUGUCAGCCAUGAAAGUCGCAUCAUAAUUUUUAUUUUGUUUUAUUGUAAAAAUCUUCCUCCUCACAAAUAUAAAUAUCUAAAUAAGAAACCGUCCGCUACAUGGUCCAUCGAGCCGAGAUACCCAGGAAAUAAGGGAAGUGAUCAAAGUUUGAUAUUCAGGACAUAUUAGUGAUGUGUAACCCAUUACUCUGUUUUUUGUUUAGAUUAUUUAUAUUUAUCAUAUUACAAGCUGGGUUAACUAUGUGGUUUGUUUAAUGUGUUUUUGUUGGCAUUUUUUUGGUAAUAGUCCUUCACAAUGUCUUUCACACUUGUAAAAUUAUUAUUUAUUUAUUAAUUAUAGGUGCGUACAUAAUAGUGUGACUGUAUAGUUCAUUUUAGUUGUCAUUAUAGUUCAAUUUUUCAAUUAUAACUUCUAUCAAUGCCAGAUUAACUAGCCCGCUUCUGCCCAAAUACUUCCAAAAUGAGUGAGAAAGAAGAAAAGGAGUUAGUUAAAAAACGAGCUAGUCUAAAAGGCCGAUUGACUACAUUCAAAAAGUACAUCGAGGAAUUGAGCGGUACGUUGAAUCAGCAACAAGUAAAUGAAUUGCAAUUAAGAAUCGGUAAGAUCGAAUUAUUAUUUGAACAAUAUGACGUAGUACAAACUAAAAUAGAAUGCCUCGCUGACGAUUUCAGCUCGCAAAGCACAGAGAGAGAAGAUUUCGAAUCAAUUUAUUACAAAUCCCUUUCACAGGCUCAGGAGAUUCUUUCUCGUAAUUCUAAAUUGUUACAAACCCAAGUGCAUAGUUUUGAGGGUUGCUCUCAUGUGAGUAAUCAUAGCCUGGUUAAAUUGCCCACCAUUAGUCUACCCAAAUUUAAUGGUUCAUAUAGCAACUGGCUGGAAUUCCAUGACACAUUCAGUAGUCUUAUACAUUCGAACGAGGCGAUAGGAGAAAUUAAUAAAUUCCACUACCUCAGGGCCUCGCUAGAAGGCUCUGCUGCUGUACUACUUCAGGAGAUUCAGUUCUCUGCCAGCAACUAUUCUGUGGCGUGGAAACUGUUAUGUGAGAGGUACGAUAAUAAGCGCCUAUUAAUUCAAACACAUGUUAAUAAUUUAUUUAAUAUAGACGCAAUAAAGAAUGAAUCUUCGUUUAAUUUAAGACGUUUCAUAGAUCAGCUGAAUAAAAGCCUGAGAGCUUUAGAGUCGCUGGGCGAACCGACUGAUCAUUGGGACACUCUUCUCAUCCACAUGAUGAGUCGUAAAAUCGAACAGAAGACGCUGCGUGAAUGGGAAGAGUGCAAAGGUCGUCUUGAUAAAGAAAAGCCCAUUUCUUUGUCCAUAUUUCUCGAUUUCAUUCGUAACCGAGCCGAUCUAUUAGAAACGAUGGAAUUUACUCGCCCUAACCUUCCUCACACACAAGAUCAGCCACCACAGUCACCUAAAGGUCAGAAAAUUAAAACAUUAGUUUCUGUCUCCGGAACGCAGCCGUCGUCGAGUGGCGGCGCUAGUAUUUUUUUUGGUUCCGGUACAACAUCAUGCCCACACUGUAAGGGUGAGCAUUAUCUUUAUAAUUGCGAUAAAUUUCUGAGCCUUAAUAGUGAGCAGAGAUGGGAAUUAAUUCCUCAGUUCAAGGUGUGUUACAACUGCUUUCGUAGUUGGUCACUAUUCGAAUCGCUGCAAAAAAGGUGGUUGUACUUUAUGUAAGCGUAGGCAUAAUACGCUGCUGCACACCUAUUCUAAUAAUAAACAGGGAAUUAAUCACCCCGCUCCUAAGCGUGACACCGCGGCAAUCGCCUCCGCCAUCCAGCCUGAACCUCCUGGUAACCACGGCCUAACGUUAGCCACGUAUUCUGCCGCCGCACCUUCAGAGAUUAGUAAAGAUGGUAUGUUUGCGACGGCUCUCGUUAAAGUUGUCGAUAGUAAUGGUCACGAGCACAUCAUACGUGCUCUUCUGGAUUGUGCGAGUUCGUCUUGCAUAAUUAGUGAGAAAACUGGUCGCUUAUUGAAUGCCAAGUAUAUUGAUAUAGAUAAACCUAUUUUCGGCAUCGAUAAGACUAGAACUAACACUUCAAAAAUGUGUUAUGUUUCUUUCAGUUCACGCACUGAAAAUUAUUCCAAAUGUCUUCUUUGUUAUGUAUUGCCGUCCAUUACUGACGACGUGCCUUGCCAUUCAUUUGAUGUUUCGCAUUUAAAUAUUCCCGCUAAUAUUAUUUUAGCCAAUCCCCAAUUUUAUAGGGCGUCAGAAAUUGACAUGAUAAUUGGAUCUAAUAUCUUUUGGGAUCUGCUCGGGACGCGAAAGAUCAAUCUGGGAGAUAACAUCUCGAUCCUCUGGGAAACUCGACUUGGCUGGUUGGUGGUUUCCGGGAAUCUAAGUGAUGGUCAUGAAUAUGCUCCCCUAAUGUGCAACUUUACAAAACUUACAGACAUUUCUCAAGAUCUUGAUCUCGGCGUUGAUGACACUCAGAACUUGCUGUCGCGCUUCUGGCAGCCGAAGGAAGUCGGCCUUAAGUCAUCAUACUCCGAGGAGGAACGAAAAUGUGAAGAACAUUUCGUUAAAAAUACGAAGCGUCUAGCUGAUGGUUGUUUUCGUGUGCGUGUACCCUUAAAACAAUCUGCGGACUGCUUAAGUGACGGACAACUCUAGUUACCUUGCCGUAAUGUCUUAAGCAGAUCGGCCUUAAGUGCAGUGAUAAGAACAUCUCAGAGAUCAUCAUUCACGACUUCUACGUGAAUGAUCUGCUCACGGGGUCUGACUCAUUUCAGGAGGCGUUGGACAUUAAGAAGAAAGAUGCCGCCGCAGAGCUCGCCUCCGCCAGGAUGCCUCUGCGCAAGUGGAAGUCCAACGAUCCUCUACUCUGUCUUACUAGUGAUCCGUGCGACGAUAGUUCGUCCCUCAGUUUAAAUAUCGGAUCCCUUGAGUCGUGUAAGACAUUAGGCCUCAAUUGGCAGACAGCCACAGAUGAGUUUUCUUUCUCUGUCGAUUCGUGUGAAACCUCGCCUUCUACGAAACGCUCUAUGCUUUCUGUCACUGCACGCAUUUUUGAUCCCAUGGGGUUAGUUUCUCCCUGCAUUGUUCCUAUUAAAAUACUAUUGCAGCGGCUAUGGGUUCAUAAGUUAUCAUGGGACGAACAGCUCCUAUUUGAAAUAGCCAAAAUUUGGGCUAAUUUAAUUAAAAGCCUUCCGCUUUUAAAUAAUUUGUGCAUCCCUCGCCUUAUUGUUUGCGAGGCUUAUACUUACGUGGAUCUCCACAUGUUUACAGAUGCGUCGCAAAACGCAUAUGGUGCUUGCCUUUACGUGCGAAGCGCAGACGUGUAUGGACGAAUCAAGGUCUCGUUACUUAUUGCCAAAAGUAAAGUGGCUCCAUUAAAGCUAACGACGAUCCCUCGGUUGGAGCUCUGCGGGGCUCUGGUAGGAGUGCGUCUCUAUGAGAAGGCUAUUGAUUCACUCCGGGUUCAGGUCAGGCAUACUACUUUUUGGACUGACUCGACGAUUGUGUUAGGCUGGCUUAAAAUGUUGCCUAGUAAAUUACAGCCUUUCGUUCGCAAUCGUAUGGUGGAGAUCAUGGAGAAAACCGUGAACUGUACCUGGCGUCAUGUUCCCACUGAUGAAAACCCUGUUAAUCAUAUUUCUCGCGGCGUCGAAGUCGUAAAUUUGCAGGUUCUAGAUCUGUGGUGGUCAGGUCCUCAAUUUCUGCAGCAAGACUGCUCUCAGUGGCCUUCCAAUUCAGGCCGGUACAGAGACUCCAAACUCCCUGAAGUUCGUCCUGAAGUCUCGUUGCACCUUUCAGUUCCACGUGAUGAUUCAUUUAUUGAUUUCAGCCGAUUCUCAAACCUAUCUCGACUAAAACGUGCUGUAGCCUAUACAUUGAGAUUCAUAAAUGUAUGCAGAAAGCUAUAUCCAUAAAUCAGUCAUUUAAGCUCUAAAGAGUUACAGAACGCUUUGAACUUGAUUAUUAGGAAAGCUCAGUCUGAUUCGUUUGUCGAAUACAAGCUCCUAACUCAGGGACAUUCGUUUUCUCCUAAAAGUCCCCUCAACAAGUUCAAUGUCUUUCUUGAUGACGCUCAAAUUAUGCGGGUUGGUGGCAGGCUUGGAAACGCGUCGGAGUUUUCGUAUGAGAAAAAAUAUCCUAUAAUCCUACAGUCCACUCACAUUCUCACAAAUUUCGUAUUCAAGGCUGAACAUAUUAAGCUUAUGCACGCUGGACCCCAACUAUUAUUAGCUUCUAUAAGAGAAGUCUACUGGCCUAUUGGCGGUCGCAAUUUGGCCAAGGCCACUUACCAUAAUUGUAUAAGAUGUAUUCGCAUGCGAGCACAAACAGUUACUCCUCUUAUGGGAAAUUUACCUGUGCACCGCCUCACUCCUGGUCGCCCGUUCGAGUGUGUAGGCAUCGACUACGCUGGACCCAUCUCGUCCGCUAACCGCCUUGGUCGAGGUUGUAGAAUCGUUAAGGUCUACAUCGCGAUUUUUGUAUGUUUCAAAACAAAGGCGAUCCAUAUCGAAUUAGUAGGUGAUUUAACCAGCAAUAGUUUUCUCUCUGCGCUACGCCGGUUUGUAUCGCGGAGAGGUAAGCCUACUCAUAUAUAUUCGGACAAUGGUACGUCAUUCGUCGGUGCGUAUAAACAAAUCGGUACAUUCUUAAAAUCCAAUUGCAAUUCUUUGCCUGAUGCUUUGAUCGAAGAAGGUAUUAACUUCCACCUGUGUCUUCCGCCUUACUCUCCUCAUUUUGGGGGUCUUUGGGAGGCGGGGGUUAAAUAUAUUAAAUUCCAUAUGCACAGAGUAUUGGGAAAUUGUAAUUUAACUUAUGAGGAAUUGAUCACUGUCCUAACGCAAAUCGAAGCAAUAUUGAAUUCUCGGCCGCUGACUCCACUAUCAAGCGAUCCCGAUGACAUGAUGCCGCUUACUCUUGGGCAUUUUCUCAUUGGCCAGCCCCUUACUGCAAUGCCUGCUGCUGAGUACAAGGACUGCCGGCUAAGCAAUCUCACCAGGUUCCAGCGGUUAGAGCUUAUGCGACAACAUUUUUGGGCCAGAUGGUCAAAGGAAUACAUUAGUGAGCUGCAGCAAAGAACAAAAUGGCGCACCAACCAGUCAUCGCUGAAGCUUCACAGCCUGGUUGUGGUGAAGGAAGACAAUCUCCCGCCACUUAAAUGGAGACUGGGCCGCAUAGUAGCUGUCUAUUCAGGGUCCGACGGAGUCAACCGGGUCGCAGACAUUCGUACCUCAAGCGGAGUCAUCAAGAGGUCUUUUAAUAAGAUUUGUCCCCUGAUUGCGGAUUAGUUUUGGGUUGAAAGGAAACCUUUCAACAUCCGGGGGCAUGUUUGGCACCGCAGUAAAUAGUUUAGUUGCAAAGCAACAGAGCUGUCAUUUAUAUUUCUAUAAUUUUUAAAUUUUGUUUCUAAUGUCAGUAGGAAUAAACUGUCAGCCAUGAAAGUCGCAUCAUAA